AUGCUCAAGAAAUCGACAGCCGCGUUCUCUUGCAAUAUCCAAAGCAGCCAAAUAUCAACGACGUCACUAUCUCAGCUACACGCAUACCGAACUCGUCCUUACAAACAACAACACCGCGGCUAUGCUAUGGUUUCUGAUGGAUACAGUAGCCACAACCAUGGAACUCACCGUUGGCCGGAAGUUGCAAGUGCAAACGCAAUCCCCACGCCUUAUCAAAUAUUUGGGCAGAAGAAGGGCUCUCCAUAUUCAAAACAGAGAUUCUACGAACUUGUAAAACUGUAUCAUCCCGAUCGACACGACCCGAACACCUCAAGCGGUAGUCUUUCGUAUGCCACGAAAUUGGAACGUUACCGGCUCAUCGUUGCUGCCAACGAUAUUCUCUCAGACCCUGUCAAACGUGGUGCUUACGACUGUUAUGGUGCAGGAUGGAACGGCAUGCCAGAUGUUGCGCGGUCUUCAGAUGAAGGCUGGGGAAAUGGAGCUCGAGGCUGGGGUAGCAACCCAAAUGGGCCAAGCCAGAAUGCCACCUGGGAAGAUUGGGAGAAAUGGCACGCCCGCGAUGCCGAAGGUCCGCAAGCUCCUAGAUUCACAUCAAAUGGGGCUUUCGUAGGACUGAUAGUGAUAUUUGCUGCACUUGGUGGGAUUGGUCAGGCGACACGGGUUGGGAAUUUCAGCGCGACAUUCAUCGAACAAAGAGAUGCUUUGCACAACAAUAUUUCGAAAGAUCUCAUGCGGAGACGAAGGGAAACUGUAAACUUCUACGGGAGUCGAGAAGAGAGAAUCGACAAUUUCCUCAAACAGCGGGAUCCGAGUGGAAGUGUUGACGAGGCAUACCGCAAACUUAUCCCCAAUCCGGAGAUCUGUUCAAGCGAGGAUAUCAAAAGUCGUCAAAUCGACAUUUUUAAGGGCUGA